AUGAACCUCAUUACCGGGUACUUCAAACAUACAAGGAAAGUUCAGGCAGUUGAGUAUGGAGAGAUAUCCGAGGUAUAUAUCUCGAGCUUGCUUGAGCAUAAUGGGCCUGAGGAAUACCUUGUGAGCGAUGGGAAUGGAAGAAUUCCUGUAUUCAAAUGCAUUAGAAAUGCUGACAAAGCUGAGUUUGAUGGAUAUUUGAAGUAUAAGCUCGGGAAGAAAAGCCGAAGAUUCCGACUUGCUGAGGGGCAAGAGGGGGAAGUGUCUAUACUGAUAGAUGGAAAGUACUCGUAUAUACUCAUGGAGGAGUCCAGUGUUCCAACAAAAUAUCUUAUUUUUUCCGAAGGAUCUCUAAAGGAAAGGGAAAUUAUCUUCUCUCCAUCUACUGAGGAUAUUGAAGAAGAGAUUGGAAAGUGUGAUUCAAAAGCGCAGAACCAGGUGGUAUUAUGUUUUUUAAAGAGCGUAAAGGUCCAGUACCACUCACAGUUUUUAUACUUCUAUGUUUCUAAUGUAGAGACGAUAUACGGACAGGUUCUAGUUUCUUGGAUUGAUGGCACAAUGGUAUUCCACACACUAACAUCGCUGCUGUUUCUUAAUUUCAACGAGCUUUUUUCAAGCUUCUCUCUACUUUCAACCGUGUAUGGGAUACCAUAUCUUCCACAUACAAACUUCACGAUCAGCUACAAAUGGCAGAAGAUCUACGAAUCCAAUCUGUAUGAGUUUAGCUGGAAUUAUCCUUCUAAAUUUCUCAUGGAAGUCAUAACUCUGAUAUUACUGGAAGAAAGGAUAGUAUUUUGUUCCAGAAAGGAUUCUUCUUUGAGGGUGUUACAGAUUAUAGAGCUUAUAAGGCCCUUCCGAUGGCCUCACAUAGUAUGUCUACCUCUUCUUCCGGGGAUGGAAGAAAUUCUUGAAAGCCCUCUUCCUUUUAUCACAUGUCUGAACAAAAAGCCAAAUACAGAAGAUUUAGUUAUCAUAGAUCUAGAUGGUUUGAGGGUUUAUCGGCCUAGGAAAUGUGCCUUGCUUCCAAAUAAAAAGACAAAAGUUGGAGCGCCGAAAGACCAUCAGAAGGAAAUAAGGGACUCCAUAGAAUUAAUAGCAACAGAAAUACUAUUGUGGAGAGAGUACCUGAUAAAGAAAUGGGGAUCUAAAGUGAUAACAAGAAUACCAAACAAUCCUUUGGAAUUCAUAGGAAAGGUUCAUGGGUUUUAUGCCGACUUCUUUAGGACUAGGAUGUUUUUAGCUUUUAUAACGGAGGAGCGCGAUUAUUUGUGUAGAUACCUGAUUGAAAUAGGAGAUGACUAUUCGGUGAUCCUUUUACCAUAUGCACAAUUAGAUGGAAGCAUGUAUACAAAGGCUUUGCGUCUGUGGAUAGAACUAUUUGAAGGGGACAUUGAACCUGUAAUUGAGCAUCUUAUUCGAGAUGAGCUUCUUUCAGAUGUCGCAGAUAUGGUUUUCAGGCGGCUGAGCUAUAGGGAAGACUACAGAAAGAUAGACAUGGUUCUAUCACAUAUUCUAUCUCCAACCCAUGAGAUGUAUAUGAAUAUCAAUAUCGUUUCGAAGAUGUCUAAGGUAGUUUUCAAGGAUCUCUACUCUUACGAUGUGUAUCACCUGAGGGCUUGCGAUUGCAGGACUCUAGACCUCGGGAGACUUCGCUGUAGAGAAGAUUCUGCAUGGAGAAAGGAAGAGAAGGCAAUGGAAAAUGCUCGGAGGAAGGUGAGAGAACUAAUAGGAGGAAUGAAACAGGAUCUUUUUGACCCUCUGAAGGAAAGAUGUGAAUGCAAGUCCAAGAAAUCUGUGGUGCUUGUUUCUGGUCCUGGAUAUGUAUUUCUUUGCUUUCUCCUUGUACCCGAGAAUAUAAGUCUUAUGCUAAAGUAUUAUGGAUCUGAAAACCUUUUUGAAAAGAAUCCUCAGGUCUACUGGAGCAUUGUGAUGUAUUUUUUAUAUUUUAGUCUUCCAUUAGGAGGCCACUCUCGACUCGAUAAGGAAAUUGAUGUGAUUAUUGAUGAACCUGUACUUCCCCUCCGUAUUGAUGGGAAACCCAGACUCUAUCUUGAUUUUUGA